UUCCGAAGUGUCUGUUAUGUCACUUAAAUUUUAGUCAGAUUUCAAUGUAUGUCAUGGAAUCUGUCAAAUUAUUUGAUUGUCUGUCCAGUCGUGUAAUUAUCUGCCUGAUUACCGUGACAUCCCAUUUGAUUUUGUUCGCUGCGAAAUUUUUUUGUUGAAUGGCUCGCAUUCCGGAAAUUGGACAAACCUCGGAUUUUUCGAAAGCUUUACCAUGAAAUUUCCGCACCAUUUGCGUUGUUUUGCCCCGUGUUGGCUAACGAGGACCCUGGUGAAGCUGACUGGGCUAGUCACCUGCCAGUGGAUAUUGCACGAUUACAGAAACGGAAACAGUGCGAAUGACGUCUACAACAGCUAGCCUGACUCCAGAAUAGGCUUCUUCGGAGAACUGUAUGACACUAUCUGGUGCAAGCCCACGGCAAGCCAGACGGUUGACACCUCUUCUAACGUUGAAAGGAUCGACUGGGAUCGGAACAUGGAAUGUCCGCACCCUGUAUGAGGUAGGAAAGGCCGCCCAAGUGGUAAGCAAGAUCCGACAAUACAACAUCUCAGUGCUAGCCAUCUGCGAAAGCAGAUGGAAUGGAGCAGGUCAGGUUACACUUGCAAUUGGAGAGCGGUUACUCUACUCUGGGCAUGAGGAAGAACAGCAUGCACAUGUGAAAGGAGUUGCAUUAAUGCUAAGCGAGUCAGCAGCAAAAGCCUUGAUUGAAUGCAAUCCAGUCUCACCAAGAAUUCUCAUGGCAAGGUUUAACUCAAAGGGCAGAAAGGUCGCCAUCAUUAACUGUUAUGCCCCAACCAACAACACAGCAGAUGGCCAGAAAGAAGAGUUCUAUGGUAGUCUCCAAGUUGUUCUAGAUCACGCACCAAGGCGAGACAUCAAAAUUCUUCUGGGUGACUUCAAUGCCAAGAUUUGUCGUGAUAACACUGGCAAGGAACGAGCCAUGAGGCGGCAAGGGUCAGGCUGCAUGAGGGAAAAUGGAGAGAGAGCGGUGUACCGACUUAGUCAUUGGUGGGAGCAUUUUCCCCCACAAUGCCAUUCACAGGGCCACGUGGAUCUGCCCGGAUGGACCAACUUCAAACCAAGAUAUAUAGACCAUAUCACGAUUGCCUGGAAGUGGAGGACGAGCUUGAUGGAUGUGAGAGUAAAGAGAGGGACAGACGCUGCUUUUGAUCACCAUCUUCUGCUGGGGACCUUUAAAGUGAAACUUGUAUGGGCAAUCGUGUUUCAUCUGCUUAGCCACAUUGUAAAUACAACAUCUUAG